CUCCUUUGAGUCUAGAUUUGCAGCCCCAUUUAAGCACAACUUGCCAAAAUGGUUUACAGAGUCAAAUUGUUGAGCUUGAGAGGAGACCUCAUCAUUAGAAUCUUUGCCUUUGGCACUCUUGUCAGUACCUUUAUGGUCAUCUACCAGAACCAAAGCAUGACCCAUGACCAAGGUGCAACCAACAUAAAUUCGCAUGUUCAAGUUUUUGUAGAUAUGCCCCAAAUCUACGAGUCCAGUUUUGUCCCGGACACCUCCCAAGCGUGCAUCCACCCAGCACUGAACAUCAAUGACCCGACCAUGAUGAGGUUCUACAGAAAGAGGAGCAGAGUAAUUUGCAGGGGCGACACCGACUGGAUCGAAGUGCACAAUGGGACGCUCCUGUUCUCUCACCAGGCCGUGUCUGACCAAGUUGGAUUUAAAUGUGAUUACUAUCCGUUAAUACGUGGCCCUGGUGACGACAACAUCACCUACGGAGAGCCCAUCCUCAACGUGGAGCAUGGCACGCCCCUGGUUUCAGAUUUCUUCAAAAUCAAUUGUAGUUCAAACGUCAAAGGCACCAGGUACACGAAUAUCCACGCAGGCGUCCAUCACAACCGCACAAUAAAAGGAAGGUUACAAAAAAGGAAGCCUCCAAAAGACGGCCUAGGUCUGUCCAUAGCUUUCUUGGGCUUUGACUCCAUGUCUAGAAUGUCUUGGCUGCGACGCAUGCCACUUACCAGAAAGUACAUGGUGGAAACGCUGAAAGCCAUUGAGCUGGAAAGUUACAACAUUGUUGGGGACGGAACACCGGCGGCACUCCUUCCCAUCCUAACCGGGAAACACGAAACGGAACUUCCCGAAGCGAGGAGAAGCGCCAACCAUUCGAAGUCCGUUGAUCAGUUUCCUUGGCUGUGGAAAGACUUCCAGAAUCACGGCUACGUCACUUCCUGGGCUGAUGCAGAAGUUGAAAUAGCGCCAUUCAACUACCGCCUCAAAGGUUUCGAGCACGCACCGACGGACUACUUCAUGAGACCCUUCUACCUGGCCGUUGACCCCACGUACCGAAGCUACUCACGAUAUUGCCACGGCUCUCUGCCCAAGCACGUCGUGUGGUUGAACUGGUUCCGUGACAUCAUGUACACGUACAAACGUGAUCCAAAGUUCAUGGUACACUUCUACACGCCCCUCAGCCACGAUGACAAUAACCUCAUAACAAUGGUGAGUGUUUUGCUUAGAACGUUU